AGAAACGUCUGGAGUUCGCUAAUGAGCAAUUUUAUCACUAAAUACGGAAACUGUCCUAAAAUAUGUUCUGCGUUGGUUUGGCUUCACGACAGAUUUGACCUGGGACAACAUUUCGUAGUGAGACGGUACUGACUUAUUUCUUUAACGUUACUUGUUAACCAAGUGACAGAGUUAUGAUGGUCCAGCGUGGCUGAGGACGGUUAGCACGUACUUCAGGACUUGACCCAAAUAAAGCAAAAUAUUUUACCGAGGGUGGUCACAAUGUCAAAGUCGAAGGCAAAGAAAACUGAUUAUCGAGUUCAAACAUAUCAUCCUACGUCUAAAGGGAAAAAGAGACACUGGUAUCAAAAACAGUUAAAAAUGGAACAGUCUCUAUUAGCCGACCAAAGAAAAGUCAAAGCUCAACAAGCGCAACCUCCAACAGAUGCACAGUGGUUCUCUGCCAACUGGAAAGCAUUACAAGAGAUAUUAAAGACCAGUCCGCCAGAGAAGAAGCAGUCUGUCGCUCCGAAACAGCAGAAUGGAGCUCUGCUGAAAAAGAAGGCUAAAGCUAACAAUGCUGAUCCCAGGCAGACAGACACUGAGAAAAAGGUGAAGCAGAAGACUGUUUCUAACAGUCUGGUCCCCAAGGACUCUCAGGGAUGCUUAAGGGUUCCACCUGUCUCAGGGACAAGAAAGUCUACUGCUCCAAAAAGGAAACAUGACAGUGGAAAGUCAAACAUUGAGCAAGCAGGGAAGAAACAGAAGUCCGUGACUGAAGAGAGAAAAUUCACAGCAGAGGACAUUUGGUUUGAUGAUGUGGACCCUGAUGACAUUGAGGCAACAAUAGGACCAGAGGCAGCACAGAUUAUAAGGAAGAAGGACAUUCUGAAGAACCAGGACCCAGAGAUGGCCCUGGUGAAGGAGAAAGCCUUUCCUGGCCUCACCAAAGCUGUGGCAAUUGAUUGCGAGAUGGUAGGAGUGGGUCCUGAUGGAGAGGACAGCAUCUUGGCUCGGGUGUCCCUUGUGAACCAAUUUGGGAAAUGCAUCUAUGACAAGUUUGUGAAACCCACAGAGAAGGUGACGGACUACAGGACCGCUGUCAGUGGGAUUCGACCAGAGGACAUCAAAGAUGGAGAGGAUGUGCAGACUGUGCGGAGGGAAGUUGCUGAGAUCCUGCAAGGCAGAAUAGCGGUUGGACAUGCCAUACACAAUGAUUUAAAGAUUUUACUCUUGGAUCAUCCAAAAAAGAAAAUCCGGGACACUCAGAAGUACAAACCCUUUAGGAAGAUUGCAAAGAGUGGUAGACCCUCACUGAAAGUCCUCUGUAAAGAAGUACUCAACGUGAAGGUCCAGCAGGGUGAACAUUCAUCUGUUCAAGAUGCACAAGCCACCAUGAGGCUAUAUACACUGGUGAAAAAACAGUGGGAAGCAGACAUUAGAGCCAGCCACAACACGGACUUAGACAAGAAGAGUGAGCGAAAGCCCAAGUUGCCUAAGCACAAGGGUGGGAAUCCCAUUGGAUUAUGAAUUUAGAACCAAGGACAGAUCCUCUCUGAAUCAGAGUUGACCUGACUGAUAUGAUCAUCAGUUUGUUUGUUUUUGUAAGAAAAAACUACAAGCAGGCUGAAAGUAACUGAUGUUGAACACUUAGGACAUUUGUGUACAAUCUAUCACAGCAGUACCUCAAAGUGAAGAAAAACAAACCGCAAAGAAUACAAAUGAAAAUUCACAUAAAGAUGUUUUUUUAAAAAGCAAUAACAGUGAUGAUGUGAGCCUGAGCCCCUCAGACAGAGCAUUCCAAGAUGUAAAAGACCCCAUUGUUUUGGCUGAUUUACCAAGACUUGAUCCAAUGCCAGGGCUGUUUUGCCUGAGCAUCUCAGGUUGUGACAUACAUGGGGAUUAAAACAUCUCAGAGCACAGAGCCUUUAUUUACAGUGAUACUUUGAGUGAUUUCCACCAUAAGGAUUUCCAGUUGACAUUUCCCAGAAUGUUAUUCCCACCAGUCAGAGGCAGGUGUUCAAAUCUUGUGCCAUCCAUUGGCCACUGGAACCAUCAUGCAUUGUUUUUGCAUGAUGAUUCCAGUGGUUUAUAAACUGUUUAGAUCAUUGGUUUCUAGUAAGUUGGUUUUUAAUCAUUUGAGUCCUGGUUACCUUAAAAGUUUGAUGUUUGGAAAGUAUGAAGUAAACAAGAGAGAACUUC